AUGUUAAAUUAUUUGAAAUAUGUAGGCAAAAAAAUAGUAUUAUCAGCACUAUUACAACUACUAGUACUACAAAUAUUGCUUUUUACAUUCCCAUGGAAGAAGUAUGUUCAGAACUAUGUUCUCUAUAAGGGAGAACGCUUUAUAUUAAAGCCUUGUGUUUAUAAAAUAUCUAGAAAUAAUAAGCAUUUUAAUGCGUUUAAAAGUUCCUCUUUUGCUUUAAAAUCAACUGAAGAACUGGAUGAUUUUAAGUACUUCACGGACGACGAGUACAUUCCGCCACUUCCACCAGUUGAAACAUGGGAAGAUUUAAUCAUCAAGGAAGAGAUAAGAAACAAAAAGGAGGAUGCAAAAAGAAACGAAGAUAAUUAUAAUUUAUCGCAUGAGAGUAGAGUAAAGGUGUUGGACAUAAUGCGACAAACUCGUUUGAUAAAUCACUGCAACUAUGAAGUCCAGAAAAAUAAGCAAAAAAAUAUUCUGUACUUUGUAACACCCAAAAUAGGGCCGUACUGCAAGUUGAUGGAAAGUGACAAAGAUAAAAUGGAAAGCCUAGUGAGUAAAGUGAAGGAAAAGUUUGGAAGGAAAGUUCAGAUAGUAAACUUAAAAAUGGAUGUAAAAAUGCCGUUAUUUGAAAUUUUUUUACAAGCAAGUAUUCACACACAAAUAAAAAUUUUUCAUGCUCGAGGUAGGACAUUACAAUAUAGAUUACCACCUCCUUUUUGGACCAAAUGUAAAAUUUUAAAAGAAAAUAAAAUAUUACAAGAAAAGUAUGGUGGGGAAUGUGCACCGGGAUUAUUUCCUCAAUACGAUGAAUAUCAUAUGAUGCAAAUAAUGACGGAAUGUGUUUACAAUGAUAAAUAUAAUUUUUAUGUAUAUGAUGUAAAUCUUGAAUGGGAAAACUUAUGUGCCUUAACACCUGAGAAUAAAGAAUUAAGAAAAAUUGUUCAUCAGAAUGUACAUGUACCCACACGCUUGGCUGUCAUCAAGGCGUUCGAACAAGGAAUAGAAGAUUUCAGGGAAAUCAUCAGAGAGGAGUAUCUCAUAAUGCUUCGAGAACAAAGAAAGCUAAAAGAAAAUAAAAAAUACAAAUUUUAA